AAAUGAAGACAUAUUUGCGUUUUCACAACCCACUUUCACUCUAAGACGACAUUGGCGCGGACUCAGAUGAAAUGCAUACUCAAGAGAUUUUAAAAACCAUCAUUACAUGAGAAGCAUUGACCAGUACCAUCACUUAUGUAAUGAGACUUGCCUGAUUAUUACUCGGUUGAGUAAAUGCGUUUUGGAGGCAAACGUUAUAUCCGACAAAAGUAUUAGUCAAGAAGUUUUGAAUUGAUUCCAUGAUUAUCAUUGGUCCUGUUAGAUAGCAUGAUGUCUUCCAAAUAUUAAUACAGGUCCGACCUUGAUGGAGGCUGAAAGGAUGGUUUUGAGGCCGGAAAAGCAAGAAAAUUGGAGAUAUUGUUCAUAGAUCUACAGUUCACGUUUGAUGUGCAUUUGGAAUCAGGUCCCUAUUUCAGACGAGUGUUACUGAAAUUGGUGAGUGGUUUGGGAGUCCUCAUAUCGGCGCGCAGCUACCCAGGCGUUCAUCCAGGGUGUGGGAGUCGGUUAGCCGGAAUACCGCUUAUGCGGAUUGAGCGGUUUGCUGCUCAUCUGCGAUUUCACUUCCCAGGAUUUCUUCUUGCGUACUUCUCCGUUCCUGUUUGUAAGGGUGGUUUGGAAAUAGCCACAAUCAGACGGGCUUGGGUCUACGUCAAGUGUUGUUUGCUGCACUUGCAUUGGGAGAAAAAGAGCCAACCUAUUGUGACUUCUGAUGGGAGGAUUGAAGCAAGAAGUGAUGAGGCGAAAUCCAUAGCUAAUGGAAUUGUUCUGACUUGUGACUUCCGGCGUUGCUUCUGGCAUUCUGACUUUUGGCUUCGGCGUUGCUCCCGGCGUUCUAACUUCUGACUUUCGGCAUUGCUUUCUAGUGGCAUAGAAUGGAACAAAAUAACGGAGCAGUUAAAUGGGUGGUUGAAAUGGAAUCAAAAGGUUUAAAUUUGUGUUUAUUUGGUUCACUAAAAACUUUAGUGUCUAAUGCAAACUUCAUUAAAAACGUUAGUGUCAUUUUUGAGCCUUUUCCCUUAUUGUUAUGGUCAUUGUUGUUAUUAUACAAUCAUUUUUUUUAAUUUAC